UAGCUACACGCGCUAAGUAACCCAAACAGCCGCACGAGUUUCAGUUGUGCUGGCCGAGCUAUAAAGACGAGCAGAAAAAGAAACAUGAAGCGGUAGUUGUGACAGCUGGGACUUCGGGAUGUUUCUGUUCGAAUCAGAUUCACAGAUGGGUUACUGUAGCAGCCUGAUGGAGUGCGACAACUCGGUAAACUCUCCUGGUGAUCUUUUUUGUCAGACGCCUGUUCAUUUGGCAGCUUCGGCUGGGGAGCCUUUUACAUUGAUGUGGCUUUUGAAAACCGGUGCCGAUGCCAAUCUGCAGGAUAUUUAUGGUGAAGCACCAAUCCACAAAGCUGCAAAAGCUGGAAGUUUUGAGUGUCUGAGCCUGCUUGUGGCUAGUAAUGCAAAGCUUGACUUAUGCAAUCAUGAUGGUCAGAUGGCAGAAGACCUUGCCUUUUCUUGUGGAUUCUCCAAAUGUGCUGCAUUUCUGGCAGCUGUUAAGGAGGCUCGGAUGUUGAAACUUUGUGGAGAACUGCUGUUCUCUCCACAGAACACAAAAGACAAUCCCCUGAAACGGUCACAUGGACCACAAGAAAACUCGGGCUGUAAGCGGACAAAAUGAGAAGUGAAUAAUACAGAUGCUGCCACCUGACAUGAGAGCUGGAAUCCAUGCUUUUAAAUGUUUGCUUCCAUCCAUUUAUUUUGAAAAGGUGAUAAGACUUCCAACAUUGGGAGUUAAUUUCCUUUCCAAUGAUUUUCCACAUCUGUCACCCUUGUGGCGUCAUUGAGGGAAGAAUUCACAUUUGAUGUGUGAAGAACAUUACAUAGGAGUGGAGGGGCUAUACUGUGGUGUGGCUGGCUCCAUGGGUGGGUUUUUUUUUUCUUUUCAGUGAAAAGAUCGUUCAAGCUGUUGUUCUUCCAAGAAGAAAUUAAUAAAAAUGUUUACAUAAUUUAUGCCUGUAUUAACCUGCUGUUUUCACAGGUUAAAGCUGAUUGAUUUAGUGAAAAUUGAAAGGCAACAUUCCUCUUGAAACAAAAUAUCCCAUAAUCAUUGAUUAAUAUUGUACUAUAUGGAAAACCUUUUCAUGUGUACAGUUUACAAUAAUUCGGUGUUUUAAAUUGCCUGAGUUUACAAUAAAACGUUUAUUUAUUUUUAA